CCACCGGCAGUGGACAUGGCUGGAAGGAAACUUGGGGCUUCCUCUUUCUCUCCUGAGACUCACACUCUUCCUCCUCUUUCUGUCCCCCAGCUGGUCAGCGAGAAGGUCGGAGGGGCUGAAGGGACCAAGCUUGACGAUGACUUCAAAGAGAUGGAGAAGAAGGUGGAUGUCACCAGCAAGGCCGUGGUGGAAGUGCUGGCCAGAACCAUUGAAUACCUGCAGCCCAACCCAGCCUCAAGAGCCAAGCUGACGAUGCUCAACACGGUGUCCAAGAUCCGGGGGCAGGUGAAGAGCCCCGGCUACCCCCAGUCGGAGGGCCUCCUGGGCGAGUGCAUGAUCCGCCACGGGAAGGAGCUGGGCGGCGAGUCCAACUUCGGCGACGCCCUGCUGGACGCGGGGGAGUCUAUGAAGUGCCUGGCCGAGGUCAAGGACUCCCUGGAUAUAGAGGUCAAGCAGAACUUCAUCGACCCCCUGCAGAACCUGUGCGACAAAGACCUGAAGGAGAUCCAGCACCACCUGAAGAAGCUGGAGGGCCGCCGCCUGGACUUCGACUACAAGAAGAAGCGGCAGGGCAAGAUCCCCGACGAGGAGCUGCGCCAGGCCCUGGAGAAGUUCGAGGAGUCCAAGGAGGUGGCCGAGACCAGCAUGCACAACCUCCUGGAGACCGACAUCGAGCAGGUGAGCCAGCUCUCGGCCCUGGUGGACGCCCAGCUGGACUACCACCGGCAGGCCGUGCAGAUCCUGGAUGAGCUGGCCAACAAGCUCAAGCGACGGAUGCGGGAAGCCUCUUCGCGCCCCAGGCGGGAAUACAAGCCCAAGGCCCGGGAACCCUUCGACCUGGGAGAGCCUGAGCAGUCCAACGGGGGCCUCCCCUGCGCCCCCACCCCCAGCCUCACAGCUUCGUCGUCCUUCCGAUCUUCCGACAAGCCCAUCCGGACCCCCAGCAGGAGCAUGCCGCCCCUGGACCAGCCGAGCUGCAAGGCGCUGUAUGAUUUUGAGCCCGAGAACGACGGGGAGCUGGGCUUCCACGAGGGCGACAUCAUCACGCUGACCAACCAGAUCGACGAGAACUGGUACGAGGGCAUGCUCCACGGGCAGUCGGGCUUCUUCCCCCUCAGCUACGUGGAGGUGCUGGUGCCGCUGCCUCAGUGACCCGCCGGCCCGCCCGCCCUGCCGUGCGCGUCGCCUG